AUGGCAGCCACUUUCAGAUUAAGCUCACUAAUUCGGUUUUCUCUUAUCGUAGUCUUUACGUUUGCAGAAGCUAAUAACAAUGGUGGACGUUUCACAGUUGAUCUCAUACAACGUGACUUCCCUCUCUCUCCCUUUUAUAAUCCUUCCGAAUCCCAUUUUGAUAGAUUGCAUAACGCUUUUCUUCGUUCAAUUUCACGUAUGAACCAUCUCAAAGCAACCUUAUCACCGUCAUCACACUCUAUAAAAGUUCUCCAGUCCCCGCUGGUGUCCAUUGGUGGAGAGUAUUUCAUGAACAUCUCCAUCGGCACCCCGCCUGUCGAGUUAAUCGGAAUCGCCGACACCGGCAGCGACCUCACGUGGAUUCAAUGCAAGCCAUGUGAAGAAUGCUACAAGCAAAAACCUCCCUUGUUUGAUCCCAAAAGAUCUUCAACCUACAAGAUUUUAACUUGUGAAUCUCGUUACUGUUCCGCACUUGACCUCGCCAAACGUUGCGAAUCGCACAGAAACUUAUGUGAAUACAGUUACUCUUACGGAGAUUACUCCUUCACUGAGGGAAAUCUCGCGGUAGAAAAUUUCUCCAUUGGCGAUUCAACUUCAGGAAGUUCAGUUACUCUUCCGAAAAUAGUUUUUGGUUGCGGACAUGAUAAUGGUGGCACGUUUGAUGAAGCGGGAUCCGGCAUUAUUGGCCUCGGCGGGGGCUCUCUUUCUCUAAUCUCUCAAUUGGGAUCAUCAAUCAAAGGAAAAUUCUCUUAUUGUUUGGUGCAAACUUCGUCUUCGGAAACAACAAAUUAUGCGACGAGCAAGAUAAAUUUUGGUGCUGAAAGUUCUAUGAAUGUUUCAAGUUUUGGUUCGACUCCGUUGGUUGAUAAAGAACCGGCAACUUAUUAUUACGUUACAUUAGAAGCCAUUAGCGUCGGAAAAAAUAAGCUGCCAUACACGAAUUCUUCAAACGGUGAUCAUAAUUUUGCAGAAGGCGAAGAGGGUAACAUGAUAAUCGAUUCAGGGACGACUUUAACGUUUCUCAGGAGUCAGGUUUACGACAAAGUGGCGACGGUUCUGGAGGAAGAAAUUGGGUCUAAGCGUGUUAGUGAUCCGAGGGGUGUUCUUGGAGCUUGUUUUCGAGUUAAAAGCGAGAGUGAUGUUGAUCUUCCCGUUAUCACAGUUCAUUUUAGUGGCGGUGCGGAUGUGAAAUUGCAUCCAUUAAAUGCAUUCAUGAGAGUGGAGGAAGAUUUGGUGUGCUUUAGUAUGGUACCUUCAGAUUCAGUUGCCAUUCUUGGAAAUUUGGCUCAAAUGAAUUUCCUGCUGGAAUUUGACUUCGAAAAGAAGACGGUGUCUUUCAUGGCAACUGACUGCUCAAAGCAGUAG